AUGGUAAUCGCGGAUAUUAUGAAACGGUGGCAGGUCUUACUUGGGAAUGAAGAUGCUCAACUAUUGACUGGAACCGAUGAGCAUGGAAUGAAGAUUCAACAAGCCGCCACUCAAGCAGGCAUGGAUACACAGGCGUUUUGCGACAUGAACUGCCGAACCUUCGAGGAUCUGGCUAAGGCUGCGAACCUCGACAACGACCAUUUUAUCCGCACCACUGACGCGGCACAUCGAGAUGCUGUUCAAUAUUUUUGGGAAAUGCUGCAACAUCGGGGAUACAUCUAUACUUCCAAGCAUGAAGGAUGGUAUUCUGUCAGCGAUGAGACGUUCUAUCCCCAAACACAAGUGCAGAACUCCCUAGAUCCAACAACCGGGAGGAAGCGAAUGGUUUCAAUUGAGACGGGCAAGGAAGUAGAAUGGUCCUCAGAAACCAACUAUCACUUCCGUCUAUCGGCUUUCAAGGAUCGUCUGCUUGAGUUGUACAAAAGAGAAGAUCCAUUCAUCACACCUUCGACAUACACACCUGCCGUGGUAAACGCCGUUUCCUCGGGAUUGCAGGAUCUCUCCAUUUCUAGACCCGUGGAACGUUUGACAUGGGGUAUCCCAGUUCCCGGUGACGAUACGCAGACGAUCUACGUGUGGCUGGAUGCGCUCGUCAACUAUCUGACCAAAGCCGGGUAUCCGUUCCCGCCUGGCCAAGAAGACAAGUCUGUAUGGCCUGCAGAUUUGCACGUAGUUGGAAAAGAUAUCGUUCGAUUCCACUGCGUCUAUUGGCCUGCAUUCCUUAUGGCGCUUGAUCUUCCCCUGCCUCGGAACGUACUAGUGCACGGACAUUGGACGAUGAAUCGCGAGAAGAUGUCCAAGUCCACUGGCAAUGUCGUGAACCCGUUUUUCGCCAUUGAACGGUUCGGAGUUGAUGGCAUGCGCUUUUUCCUAGCUUAUCGGGGCAGUCUAGCGGAUGAUGCGGAUUUCGACAACUCUUUCAUCAUUCGGGAUUACAAGAAAUUACUCCAGGGUGGUAUCGGAAACCUUGCGCAGCGCACAAUUGGCUGUGCGCGUGGCAAUUUGCGCUCGCAUAUUAUCGACGCGGCAUUGGGCAAGCUUCCAGCUGCAACUCCUGACGAUCUGGAACACCAGACGCUCCUGCAACAGACGCCUACCAAGGUAGCAGGACAUAUGGAGAAGCUCAACCCACGAGCCGCGUUACAGGAAACUAUGAUCAUCAUUGAGCAGACCAACAAAUACUUCCAUGCGGCGGAGCCGUGGAAAAGCCCCAACCCCCAACGAGUGCUCUACAACGUGGCCGAAUCGCUUCGAAUCGCAGGCAUUCUAUUGCAACCGUUUAUGCCCGGCAAGUCUCAUGACCUUCUAGAACUGCUCCGUGUAGACACCUCGGACCCCUUGAAGCGGGCAUUCGCGGCCACGGCGUACGGUUCGGACGCAGAUUACGGUGAGGGCAUUAAGAAGGGUAUUCUGUUCCCUCCACUGCUCACUGAGGAGUAA